UUCAAAAUGGCGACCUAUGACGGCCUAGGAGGACGCACGAGGUGGAUGUGCGUCGUUUUACGCGAGGUUCAAUAGACUGGAAGCAUCUUGUCAUUUUCAUUGGAAAAUGUCGCAAGAAACGAAGAAAGGGAAGAGAAAAGAUGCCACUAAGAAGGAGAGUCCGCCCAGUGAGCCGAGUGAGCCGAGUAAAAAGGAAAAAAUCCCGGAGAAUGAUGACGCUGAAGAAACCAAACCUAAAUAUGGACCAUCGGUGACGUUUCCUUACCAGAGGGUGUGGUGCCGAUGUAUACUACUUCUAGGUGUACUAUUUGUCGUUUGGUACAAUAGCAAAAAUGGCAAAGAGGUAUCAUUGGCUCGACAAAAGGAUAUAUUAUUAAGUCGCAGUCAGAACGUGCAGUGUUCGGACGACUUCAAAGCAGAAUUAGAAAAGUUCCAAGGUUGUACACCCGAGAAAUGUAAAAGGGUGGUAUCGGAUAAGUUAGUCUCGGCAGCGGAAUCCGACGUCUUGUUGAAAAUUGCAAUAAAUGGAAUGAGUUUAGGAGGGUCCGACGGAGGUGCAAGUAUACUCGAUCUUCAUUCCGGAGCAUUGAGCAAAGGCACCGGAUUUAUCAAUGUGUAUACCUUAGAUGCGGCAAAAAAGAUUUUCAAGAGUGCAGAUUUUGCUAUUUAUAAAGUGGUCAAGACGAAGAUUCAUCACGCCAUAGCUCAUAAUUUUGGAGUAGAUGCGGAUAAAGUUUAUUUGACACAUCCAACAUUUUUUUCACGGAUGACAAGUGCUCCGGCCAAAACGAUUCACGAUGAAUAUUGGCAUCCUCACGUAGACAAGGAAACAUAUAAAUCAUUCCACUACACAUCUAUACUGUAUUUAAGUGAUUACGAUAGAGACUUCGAAGGUGGCAGAUUUAUUUUUGUUGAUCAAAAUAAUGUAAACACAACCAUGCAGCCAAGAAAAGGCCGAGUGUUAAUGUUCACAUCGGGAAGUGAAAAUCUGCAUGCAGUCGAGAAGGUGACAUCGGGCACAAGAUAUGCUCUUACGAUAUCAUUUACUUGCGACCCUCAAUAUGUCAUCACGGACCCCAGUCUAAAAAAUAUUCAACAAAACAAUCAUUAACUGCAGCGACCUCACUAAAAACAUUACAAUCGUUAAGUAAUACUCUAAUAAUUGAUGAAUAUUUCGACAUUCCCAUUGAAAGCCAAACUACGCAUUAGAUUAAAUAACCAGAGAGCUAUUUGUAUUAAUUACGUUAAGUUAGUCAAAGUUGGUCAAUACGAACAGUUUUCGAGAAAAUGCAAUAAACGUGGUAUUAGAGGCAA